CAUUAAAAUCGAGUCGAGUUUUUCAUGAGCGGCGCAGCCCUUAUUUCCGACUGCCUUCGGCGACGAUUCCUGCCUUUGUCUUUCCAUUUAAAACCCUCGGAAUCGGUCGACGAGGGCGGGGAGAAGAAAGGCGAACUGAUUUGCAGCUGCAGAAAAGGGUCUUUUUGGGGGGGCCAUUGAGUAGUUGAGAAUCUCCAUUCUCUCAGGGCAUUGCAGGUGAGGGAGAGAAAUAUUGGCUGUAUUUGACGGCUCGUUAAGCAUUCAUUCCUCUUUCCACAAUUAGAAGCACGGCUCUUUACAGUGUGGCCGGUAAUCAGAUGAGGUGUUUGAAGAAAUGGAUUGCUUCUCCUCCCAUCAAGUUUGCAAAAGCAAUUCCUUCUCUUUUGGCAUUUCGGAAUCAGGGUUCUCAGAAAUUGGUGAAAUAUGCCGUGAACAGCAGUUACCCUCCGCCAGGGAACGCCCUUCGUGAACUCUUGCAGCCAUUGGGCAUGGGAAUUACAACUAUGUGGGGAUGUUCAUCUGAUCCAAAAUGCGAAAAAGGAAGCUUGCAGAUGGGCUUGAAUAGUCGGCUAAUCGCUCAUCGUUGUUUUUCAUGCCCAGCAGGGAAGAAACAAUAUUUUAGCAGGGCUGCACGGCUUUGGAUUGAAGAAAAGCAACAGGAGAAAGCAAGGAGUAGGAGAAGCAAGAGACAACCUGCACCAAGUGGCAAAGUCAAACUUGCACCACUUCUUUCCAGAGAUAGUUUGAUUAUUGUGAGAGACAUAGAAUGGGCAAACGUCAUGUUCUCUUUUGAACAGGAGAGUCGCUAUCAAAUAAUGGACCCUUGUUAUCCUCAGUCACCUGUUGGUUUCAUUCAAGAGAAAAGUAAUGUCAUCUUCAGGCAGCUACUUCGUGGAAGACGCCCAUUCAUCGCUUGCAUGUUUGAUGCUAUGGGUAAUGAAGUAUUAAGGGUUCACAGGCCCUUUUGGUGGAUAAACAGCACAAUAUAUGCGGAAGUAGAUGGUAAGGAAGUUGGUGUAGUCCACAGACGCUGGCAUCUUUGGCGGAGAAUUUAUGAUUUGUACUUAGGAAACAAGCAAUUUGCUGUGGUUGAAAAUCCUGGUUUCUGGAAUUGGACAUUCACAUUAAGGGAUGAAGAAGACAAUGCGUUGGCACAAAUUGAUCGUAACUGGAGAGGUGUUGGUUUAGAGCUCUUCACUGAUGCUGGUCAAUAUGUGGUUCGAUUUGGGGAUGCUGAUUCACUUCCUAACAAUAGACCUGGUUCAAGCGAGUUUGAAGUUUCCCGCCCAUUGACUCUUUCCGAAAGAGCUGUGGCUAUUGCUCUUGCUGUUUCUCUGGAUAGUGAUUACUUCUCACGGUCACGGGGAGGCUGGGCAUUCCCAUUUCUCGUUGCAGAGUAGAAAAUGGAACCAUUUAAUGGAAAAUGUUGCUGCAUGUUCGAAGAAUGUUCGAAGAGGAGCUUACUUCUGCAAAACAGCCAUCAUGAUCUUAAACAAUCCAUAUCAUUCGUCUCAGCAACUACGCAAGGUGGGUGUGAUUCUUGUGCCCAAAUUGAUCUGCUUCGUUGUUGAAUGAGUUCAUUAUAACUGGCGUAAUAAUAAAUUCAGAGCUAGGAAAGAAGCAAAUGAAUACUUGACUCUUGAAUUCUUCCUCUUCCCAACUACUUCUGUCUAGUGUUUCAUUGCUUUGCUUCUUUUUCUUCUCUGAGGAGAUAAAUUGUAAGUUAUUAUUUUGAGGUUUAUCUCUAUUUUUCUUGUUACUCAAA